AUGGAUCUCUGUACUGUAAAAGCAAAAAGACAACCUCAGGAAGUCCUCAAAGAACUGAAGGACUGUGACAUUUUCCACUUUGCCGGUCACGGCGAGACGGAUGAGACAAACCCGCUCGAGAGUCAGCUACGUCUUGAGGAUUGGACAGACACAGUCCUUGGCAGUGUUCGAUCUGUUAAAUCUCAAGCUGCGGGACAAUCCACCAUUCCUGGCCUUUGCGGAACGAGUCAGAUUAAGGAUAAACGGCUGAUAGAUGAGAGUCUGCACUUGAUCAGUGCAUGCAGAUUGGCUGGUUUUAGGCAUGUGGUCGCAGCACUCCGGGAGGCUGGUGAUGAGCCAUGCGUCAAUGUUGCGGAGACAGUUUACCAGGAGUUGAAAGAUUCUGGUAUGGAUAAUGGAUCUGUGUGUCGAGGGUUGCAUAACGCUGUUCGGAAGCUUUGUAAUAAUUGGGUUACGGAUGCUCGUAUGUGGGCGGUCAAAAAGUCCGCUGCGAGCGUCAAAGAUGGCGAAAGUGACUCUAAAGAUGGAUUGAGCGGCGGGAGAUCGGCAAGGGAUAUCGUGCCGCUGGAUGAGGAGGAGAAUGAGAGGCCUGCUCCUCGGGUUGUUUAUGUGCAUCAUGGAAGUAUAUAG